AUGCAGAAUCUUAACAAUCGUCUGGCCAGUUAUUAUCUGGAGAAGGUGGCCUCUUUGGAAAAGUCAAACAAGCAACUCGAAAUUCAGAUAAGAGAAAAAUUAGCAGCAAGUGAUUCGGUGAAAAGAGACUACACAGACCAAUACAACCUGAUCCAUGUCCUCAGAAAACAGGUAAGAACUGGGGAUGUUCCUGCAUAA